GUCAAAAAAUUCAACACACCAGCAGUGUGAGGAGACCUGAAAGUGGCACAUGGCAGCAGAGUGUGGCGAUGGAGACAGCAGCAAUGGGAGGCCGUACAGGGACCCAUGAGAGACUCUGGACCUGGCAGCAGCAUGAGGAGGCGGUAUAUAGGGGCCCAUGGCAGAUUAGGGGCCUGGCAGCAGCUAUGGGAGGGCCCGUAAUCUGCCAGCACCCUAUGUCAAAAAAUUCUAACACACCAGCAGUGUGUGAGGAGACCUGAAAGUGGCACAUGGCAGAGUGUGGCGAUGGAGACAGCAGCAAUGGGAGGCCGUACAGGGACCCAUGAGAGACUCUGGACCUGGCAGCAGCAUGA